GGUCCAGGGGCACCGGUGUAACGUAACAGAGUCCCCCAUUUCUACAGGUAAGCCGCGCCCUAGAUUUGGACCCAAUUAGGUCAGGAUAACCCUAACCAUAAAAACUAUAUGGAGGGCGGACUUUCGGUUACAUGGGCCCUCAGUUUCGUUACACCGGAACCUGCUCAACCAGCACUGGAAUCAAUGUGGUUUAGCUGAAUCAAGAUGGUCCAUCGAUGGUCAAAAGGGGGCUCGUAGACACAGGACUCGUCUGCUAAGCGCAAGCCCAAGCCAAAACCUCCUCGGGACCCUCCAACGACAACUCCUUCUACGACAUUUCCUGCACCAACGACUCCUCUGGCAACUACAACAACGACUCCACGGGUGACUACAACAACGACUCCUCUGGUGACUACUACGACGACUCCUCUGGCGACUACAACAACUACUCCUCUGGUGACUACAACGACUCCUCUGGCGACUACAACAACGACUCCUCUGGCGACUACUACGAGGACUCCUCUGGCGACUACAACAACAACUCCACUGGUGACUACAACAACAACUCCUCUGGUGACUACAACAACUACUCCUCUGGUGACUACAACUACUCCUCUGGUGUCUACUACAACUUCUCUGGCGACUACAACAAUAACUACUCUGGUGACAAGUACCACGACUCCUCCAACGACUAUUUCAACGACUCCUUUGGCAAUAACUACAAGGCCUCUACUGGUAACAACUAUAUCGACUCCUGUGUUGACUACUUCAACGACUCCUCUGGCGGCUACUUCAACGAACCCUCUAGAGACUAGUGCAAGUUACCCGGCAGCUCACACAACAAUGCCGCCACCGACAACAAUUCAUUUAGCCAACUUUACAACAAUGGAUCCUUUGAUCACUAAUUCAGCCUCGACCCUUUGGAAAGAUACUUCAACAUCGACUCUCUUGAAGACUUCUGCGGCCCCUUUGACGGUCACUGAAUCCCCUGUAACGAACCCAACCACAGCUACAAUUCAGCCCACAACAGUGACAAUGAACAUACAUACUACUCCUAUCACGACUAUUCUUGCAAAUUCUGUCCAAAAUGAAGCAACGACAACUUCAAAAACGAUUCCCACGACUUCCAGUGUUAAUCUGGAAACAACUCCCAAAAUUACUCCUACGCCAUUUGCAUUCACUGAGGCAACGCAAACUAUGGAUACAACAGUGCGGCCAGGGGACACAACAGUAGGGCCAGGAGACACAACAGUAGGGGACACAACAGUGGAGCCAGGGUACACAACAGUGAGGCCAGGCGUCACAACAUUGGAGUCAGGGGACACAAAAAUAGGUUCAGGGGGCACGGCAGUGAGACCAGGGGACACAGCAGUGGGGGGCACAACAGUAGGGCCAGGGGAAACAACAGUAGAGCCAGGGAACAUAGAAGUUAAACCCAGUGCACCAACAGGGCAGAGUGAACAGAAUACGCAACCCACAUCGACAGAAAAAUCUCCUAAAGACGGAAUACAUGGGGGGACAGACGAAUCUACGAAUAACGGCGGUUCUGCUGACUCCUUCUCUCAUGACGGAUCAACCGGAUCUUCAUCUGGUGGUAGUCUCUCUCUGGACGGAUUGCCAGGUAUUGAAUAUCCGGAUGGUACACAAUCCGACGGUUCGAUAGAUAUUGCUUCCAAUGAAGAUCCGUCGGGAAAGACAACUCAGAAAGGAGAUGGAGACAGUUCGUCAACCACAGCGGCGUGGGGCGUCAACAAAAUAAGAACACCCGACCUUGAACCAGCGAAUGAUACAAGUGACGGGAAAGAUGAAGGCGGUGAAAAAGUUGGCAACGGUGCGAUCUCUACCGGCGUUGUGACAGGAGUAGUUGUGGGGCUGCUUUUCGCUGCCCUCCUCAUUCUUUCUACAGCUCUAUUCAUAGUGUGCUUGAAAAAGCAGAAAAUACGAUUGCCGGAAAGUUACAGCACCAAAAGGACAGAAACUCUACAGAACAAUCCAGUUUAUAAGGGCGUUUUACCAACAAUCGCCGUCACCGACGGGGCCUCUGCUUCGCCGGACUUCACUAACAGUACGUCGAACGUCUACAUCGACAGUGAUGCCCUGCAGCAGCAGCGACCCCCAAAUUUCACGGGACAGAGCUGGAACAGCGAAUUCAGCUUCUUUGAGGGCUCGUCUUGUCACUUGAACAACCACCCGUCAACGACUUACCUGGCACCAACAGACAUUGAUCCAGAGCGCGUGUCGAACCUUUAUGCAUCAAUCGACGACUCCCGCGUCUCAGUGCGCAGCCAGGUCCUUGCCAGCGCCCCGCCCCUGGAUGAGAGUAACACGGACUUCGACGACGCUGGCGGGUACUAUGAUCCGAUUGAUGCCCGCGGCGCUGCCAGAAGCCCUACAGCUGGCGAUGCUCAGGAUAACAUAUAUUACAACUCUUCUGCUUUCUCCCCGACUUACGUGAACCAGCUUGGCACGCACAAUUGCAACACGCAUGUUGGAGAAAACUGCGAUUAUCUGGAACUUAUGACCACGCCCAACGAGGGGGAACGAACGUCCACGAUACAGCACCAUUGCGCACCUGGCGGCGAAGAGGGUCACGUGUACGCGUUGCCUCGCAACAAUGCGCCCCUCAGCGAAUCAGGAUACAGCAACAACAGCAAAGCACUUGAUUGUUCGUCUCAUUUUGCAACUCGAAGUGGCAGCAAUGUUUAUGAAAUUGUUGAGUUUCGAAAUUGAUAAAAAAAUUAUUAUUCAUUUAAAAAAUCAAUACAAAACAAAGUUGCUUUGGGUGCAGCUUAAUUUGGAAAUUACCGAACACGCUUCAUGAAAACAUUUUAUAAGUCAUAUUUAUUGUAAUGAGUUCAAAAAUCAGUGAUGCCUUCCCACUGAUAAACAGUGGAUAAACUCAUCGAUCAAUUGAUUUUGACUAAAACUUGUACACGUCUGAUGAUUAUCAAGAGUGCACAGCACCAAACUGAGUUACUUCACCAAAGUUAUUUGAAAAUACAUUUAAAUAAUAUAGUGAAUUCAUAUAUGAAUAAUCAUAAUGGGAUAAUGAAAAACGAGGAGGGUUGGUCACAAGAAUUAUUUUAAGUGUUAUUUUAAUGUUUAGCUCGUCAAAUUUGCAGCCGUGCACAUGGCUGGGCCAAGCUGAAAAACAGUCAUCUAUUUAAAUCCAUCAUAUCUCUCAAAUUCGUGUUUUGAAUUUCAAAUAAUUUAUGGUUCCCCUUUUCAGAAUAUGCAGUGUUUUCACCGACGUAACAUUUCAUUACGCAAAGUACAUAUUUUGGCGGGGCACAUAUAAAGAGCAGGAAUAACUUGGGCACCUUAACCUUUGAAAAAUUUUACCUGUAUGCCAUUUGCA